AUGGUGCAACGUUAUUGCAUCGAAGCAUUUGAUCGUACAUUGAGAGAUAUUAUGCAUGCUAAUUUCCCAUUCGGUGGGAAGUCAAUUGUGAUGGGUGGUGACUUCCGUCAAAUACUCCCUGUCAUACCUAAAGGUUCCAGAGCUGACAUAGUAAAUGCAUGCGUGACUUCUUCAUAUCUUUGGGACUAUUGCACCAUUUUUACGUUGACGAAAAACAUGCGCUUAUCAUCUGUUUCUUCCAUUGAAGAACAAAAGGACUUGCAAAAUUUCUCAAAGUGGCUUUUAGAUGUAGGAGAUGGUAAUCUUGGUAUGCCUCACGAUGGCAUAGCUGAAAUUGAAAUCCCUGAUGAUCUUUUAAUCACUAAUUAUGAUGAUCCUGUUAGUGCCAUUGUAUCUGCCACUUACCCUGAUCUUUUGCAGAAUUUAUCAAGUUUUGAUUAUUUCAAUGACAGGGCUAUCCUUGCACCCACAAUUGAGGUUGUAAACCAAGUAAAUGAUUAUAUGUGUUCUCUUUUGCCUGGCGAACAUGUUGAGUACUUGAGUUGUGAUUCUGUUUGCAAAUCAUUCAACGAUAAUGAUUGCUUUGAAGAUUUGUACACGAUUGACUUCUUAAACACUAUCAAUAGUUCUGGCAUGCCAUUGCAUAAAUUGUCCUUGAAAGUAGGAACACCGGUGAUGCUGCUUAGAAACAUUGACCAAGCAUCAGGGCUGUGUAAUGGAACUAGGUUGCGUGUAACAAAACUUGGCAAGACUGUCAUUGAAGCAGUAACAUUGAAUGGUUCUAAACCCAACCAGAAAGUGUUGAUCCAUCGCAUGGACAUGAAUCCCUCUGAAAGUCAUUUGCCUUUUCGAAUGACAAGGAGACAGUUCCCAAUCACUUUGUCAUUUGCAAUGACAAUAAAUAAGAGUCAAGGGCAAUCGUUACGUUAUGUGGGAUUAUAUCUACCGAAACUUGUAUUCUCACAUGGUCAGUUAUACGUUGCCCUAUCCAGGGUUAGGAGCAUGGGUGGUCUGAAGAUUCUUGUACACAAUGAUGUUUCUAGUGCGAGUAACUUCACUACGAAUGUAGUCUUCAGGGAGGUUUUUCAAAAUGUGGAUCCAAGCAUGCAGAUUUAA